AACACCCUCUCAGCUCACAGGAACUUGGUCCAGUCCGGGAACUCCGAGUGGGGAAGGGGAAAGGGACUCCAUCAAAUCCUGCGAUCGGAGCCUUUUUAUUUUGGCCGUACAAUUUUCAGAUCUGUGGCUACUUCAGUCAGCAGCCAAUGGGCGAUGCUGGUCACUUGGAGCCUUCAGUUUCAGCUCCACUCAUUUCCUGAACUCUGAGUCUCGAUACAUUUUGUAGCAUUUGUCACCAAACAACCAACUGUAGAGGAGUUUGCUUCCUGUUCUUCGAGCUUGUGCCGACUCUAAUCGUUUAGGCCGAAGAUAUGUUUGAAAUGGAAGAUGAAUCCUCUGCUGUACCUGCAACAGAGGAAGAUGACAAAGCAACAGGAGAUAUUGUUGAUGCAAAGCCAGACAGAUCAUCAAGAUUUCUAAAUUUCAAGAAGAAAACACCUGCUGAACGAGGAAAGAAUCCUGAAAUAUCUGAUUGUCAUACCAGGGUUGUUGCACCGACAUUCCUGUAUAAUAUGAACUUCAAAAGAGUCGGAAAAUGCAUUAUUAUCAACAAUAAGAAUUUUGAUGAUAAAACAGAAAUGAAUGUACGUAAUGGCACUGACAUUGAUGCUGGGAAUCUGAUGACAUGUUUUAGCUCUUUGGGUUUCAACGUUGUUGUUUUAAAUGAUCAGACAUGUUCUCAAAUGGAGAAGAUAUUGCAUACUGUUUCUCAGGAAAACCACUCCAACAAUGCAUGCUUUGCCUGUAUCCUUUUAAGCCACGGUGAUGAAGGCAUGAUUUAUGGUACAGACGGAGCAAUGCCUAUAAAGAGACUCACUUCUCUCUUCCGAGGGGAUAUGUGCAAGACCCUUGUGGGGAAACCAAAACUAUUUUUCAUUCAGGCUUGUAGAGGUUCAGAAUUUGAUCAAGGAAUUCAAACUGAUUCUGGUUCUACCGGUGAUGUAGAAACUGAUGCAAAUCCUCGUCACAAAAUCCCAGUAGAAGCUGACUUCUUGUAUGCCUAUUCCACUGUACCAGGCUACUACUCAUGGAGGAAUCCAGGCAAGGGUUCUUGGUUUGCGCAGGCCCUAUGCAAUGCCUUCACAGAAUAUGGUAAAGAAUUUGAGAUCAUGCAGAUCCUGACCAGAGUCAACUACAUGGUGGCCAUGCAUUUUGAGUCUUGGUCCGAAGAUCCACGAUUCAGUGAGAAGAAGCAGAUACCCUGCAUUGUCUCCAUGCUGACUAAAGAACUUUACUUUAAAAAGAAAUAAAGCACAACAUCCUCAGUUCACAGUUCAGGGAAGUUUUGAUUUGUAAGGUUUAAGUUGCUGUUUAGGUCAAACCUUUGAGUGGAGUUUUCAAAAUGAGCUGAAGCAAAAUACAGCAUCCAGGAAAACCAUUUGCUAUCAGUGAGUGACCAGUUACUUUUUCUGUUUCACACUCUGGAACAUGACAAAAGAGGUAAUGAACUAUCCGCUCUGUUGUUGUGUGGAUCAGUAGACAGUGCAGCUUAUAAAUGGCUAUACUGUACAUCUGCAAAAUGCAAAGCAUGGCUGACAUGGAUUCAUGUCUCAAAUUUGAUAUGACUUCUCGUUUAAGUUAUUAUUUGGAGCAUAGUUUUUACAACCUCACCAGGGUAAAUUCCAUGUGGUUUGGAUGAUGAACUAAGAGUUUUAAACUUGGAGAAAGACGUUCAUCAAAUCCACUUGGUUUAUGCUUCCCAACAUAGUUUUGAGACAGGGUGUUUUUUUAAAAAUACUUCUUAUGUAGCUCUACGAUGUUCACAAUUUUUUCAGGCAAUACAGUAUUUUUCAGUUUUGUUUUCUUCUCGCCAAACUACAUUAAAAUCCAUUCUCUACAAUAAGCAAAGAAUACAGCUCCUUUACAAUGUAUUGAUGUACCAACAUUGAUGUAUUUUUUAAAACUUAUUAUCUUGCACCUGGGGCCAAUUGCAUGCCUUUUAGGAAACAGUCUUUAUUUUUAAAUGAACGUGCUUUUCACUGAGUUUGAACACAUUUUAAUCAGUUUUCCUGUAUUUGGCAGCAUGUUGAUAAACAAUGAAAAUGGAAUUGAAUUGGAACCUG